UCCCUAUCUGCAAGUUGGUGCUGCUGCAGGAUACAUGCAGCUGUAAAUAGUGUGUUCUUGCUUCUUUCUCCCUCCCUCCCUUCUCCUUCUCUUGUCUAUCCAUCUGUCCUCCUAGCUGCAGUCUGCAUCCUGUGCCCACUGAUGAUGAUGAAGAUGAUGAUGCUGCUGCUGAGCAACAGCGUUCUCUCCUCCAUCAAGGAAUGAUGACAUCUUUCUGCUCGUGCUGCAGCGCGGAUGGAUAAAUGAGAUAAAAAAGAGUACGCAGAAGAGGAAGAAACAGGAAAUAGUGGAGUGAGGGGUUAAAAGAUUGCCCCCCAAAAAAAGAGAGAGGAGAGUUUGAAUGGCGAGUGUAGACAACAGAGAGUGCUGCAGUAGAAUGAGGGUCAGGGAGGAAUUGAGCUGCCACCCUUCUGCACCCGACACAGGAUCCAUCGCAGGCGCCGCUCGCUCCUCUCCCUGAAGGGGCCGACAGGAGGGAUCCACCGUGGAGGCGAGAAGGAGACGAAGGAGGGGGGCGGAGGUGGAGAACACCAGAGGUUCUACUACACACAAGAUGGCUGCUGUGUCCUCUGCCUCUGACACUGUUUCGACAGGGGACCAGAGGGGUCGUCACCCCCCUGAGCGCAGACUGCUCAUCCUCGGGGGUCCAAAAUCUGGCAAGACCUCCUCAGCCAACACCAUCCUGGGGGAGGAAGUCUUUGACGCGGGGACGGAGACUACUCACAGCAACGUGGGUCAGACGGAGAUCUUCGGCCGUCGGGUCACGGUGGUGGACACACCCCCGUGGGUCAUCCCCAGUGACGCGGAGGACGACACCGAAGCGGACGAUAACGGGAACACAGUCGCGGAGUCGGAUAGCCCGUCGAGGCCCCCGCCCAGCCUGGAUAGCGAGGGCCCCUGCAUGGGGGCGAUCCUGUGCCCCCCCGGCCCGCACGCCAUCCUGCUGGUAGUGUCCGUCACUCAGCCUUUCACAGACACUGAGAGGAGGGCCGCCGAGGAGCAGCUAGGGGCCCUGGGGGGAGGAACCUGGAGAUACUCCAUGGUGCUCUUCACUGGGGUAGACAAGCUGCAGAAGGGGGUCUUCAUUGAGGAGCACAUCGCAAACACUGGAGAGAGCCUCCAGUGGCUGGUGGAGAGAUGUGGAAGCAGGUAUCACGCUUUCGACAACAACUGGAAAGAAACGGAGGACACCACACAGGUACCUGAACUGAUGGAGAAGGUGGAGGAAAUGAUCACCGACAACCAAGGCUGGUACUUUGAGGUGAACGAACUGAUUCUUCUGGAGGAGGAGCAGGCGAGGCGAGCACUGGAGGAGGAGAGAAUGAGGAUGGAGGAGCACGCCAGACAGAGGGAGCAGAUGAUUGGAGGACCUCCAAGAGAAUUGAGGUUGCUGUUGUUGGGCUGGAAGGGUGUUGGAAAAAGCUCCGUGGGGAACUCCAUCCUGGGUCGUCGGUACUUUGAGUCAGGCCAGGAGACCGACCUCUGCCUCCGGAGGCAGGCGCUCGUGUCCGGUCGCAGGGUAACCAUAGUGGACACCCCGGGCUGGGACUGGUUCUCAGUGCGGCGUACCCCCAAGCGCAUCCGCCAGGAGUCGCAGCGUGGCGCCGCCCUCCUGCGACCCGGACCCCACACUCUGUUACUGGUUCUCCCGGUGGUCUCCUCCCUCACGGCCAGGAAGAGGAGAACGCUUCUGUCCCACAUUGAGACCCUUUUCGGUGACGGCGCCUGCCUCCACACCAUGGUACUGUUCAGUUGUGGCGACUGGCUGGGCCGCACGCCCAUUGAGGAGCACAUACUCAGAGGGGGCCGGGAGCUGCAAAGACUGCUUGAGUACUGUGGGAACUAUUACCACGUCCUGGACAGUAAGAUCCCCGGCAAGGACAGGAGCGUCUCAAACCUCCUGGAUAGGAUUGAGGAGAUGAUCAGGGAGAACGGUGACAAGGCCUUCCUUCCUGUGCAGACUGAGUGGCUGAGCGAGGAGAGCUCCUACUCGUCCGACAACACCGAGCCCGAGGACGACUGUCGAGGAUGCGAGCUGCAGUGAUGAAGGGUGAAGAAAGCAAAGUGGCCCUGUGUAAAUGUGUGUGUGUUUUACUGUUAUUUUUGAGUAUCCAGUAGGCCCAAACAUAACCUUAUGUACCUUUAACCUCAUCUAGAUAUUUAUUCUAGACCGUUGUAGGAAAUAGAGGGUAUUGGUGAGUAGCAAUGGUUGCUUGGAUGUAAAAGACACCUUUCUGAGCUGUUUAUGAAUAUAUUUUAUGAAUAUAUUUACACGGUUAAGACUCGUGAGUUGAAAGUCUGCAUUAUAAAUCUAAUCCGUUUAACAACACGAAGGGGAUUUGUUUAAGAUGACAUUAUCUGAAGCAGGCAGCUUGGGAGCGUUUCCUUCUCUUUUGCGCAUUUAAAUUGAUUUUUUAUUUUUUUUUACAUGCCUUGGAUCAAACGCUUCAGAGAAAACGCUGUCGAAAGAAAAACAUUGAAUACCAAAUCAAAACACGGGCAUCGUGCCAAUAGAUGAAAAACGUCUGCCAAUGUUAAUUUGAAGCAAACCUGAUCUAUUGUUUUAGAACUAUGAAUCUUGAGUGGUAUUUAAAAAAAAAGAUUCCUUUGUUAAUAUUUGAUUAGUUUCCACUGGAGGAGACGUGGGAUAUAGGAUUGUAUAGCACUUUAUUCUCAUUGCACAAGUACAACCAAGUUCCAUUUUCAGCACAGACCCAUUCAAAGGCAGACAUACACUGAACAAGAACGCUGAUGGGUCGCCACUACGGCGGUGCCCUGUAAAAAAAAAUGUCGAUCCCCAGACUAGGUCCUUUUUUUUUUUUUUAAGGAAGGGUUGAAGUGAUCUCGCUGGAGCGAAACCUGCCACACUUAUAGAAAAACUACAGAUGUGGGUCACAUGAUAAAUCUUAAGUGGUUUGGUUAAAAAAAAGAAAAAAGCGACAAUAUACUUUGGCGUAGUUUGCUUGGCAUUGGGACCACCGAAUAUGUGCCGUUUUCUCAAAGUAAACAUACAUUUCUGUUUAUAUCUGAUCAUACACAUAUUUAACUACUCAUGAUGUGUAAUAGCCUGUCUCAGGCAAUAUUUUUCUUUGACUACGUCUAGGGAUGGGUACCUAAUUCCAUCAGUUCUACGGGGUAUCGAUUCACGUGAAAUCAAACAAUGCCACAUUUAGACACCUUUGUUGCAUGUGACGUCACAUCCGGCUGCAGACAAGUAGUCAAACACUAAGAAGUAAUGAUACAAUUUUUCAUUA